AUGGUUUCUCCUUUAGUUUCUUAUGAGUGGGAGUACAAGCAUUAUCCUUCAAAGAUCAUUUCUAAACAUAUGCCAUCUGGAAAUCUUGCGUGGUUAAUUAAGCCGGAUCCGACUCAAUUAUUUGUUCGUCUUACUCAUGGUCGUAAUAGAUCACUUAUCAGAGAUUUUGAUGGUGAUUUCUUGACACUGGACUUUUCUCAAUAUGACAAACCAAUUUUGGCUAUCCUUGGUCCUGAUGGUGUUUUGAAAAUCUAUCACAUCAACUUCACCCAUGGAGACAAUGAUUUAUUGAUUACAUUUAAUCUUGCUGAAAAUGUAGCAUCCAUAACGCAUUUCCUUCUUGAAUGGGGUCCAAAAUCGAAGCUGCCAAAAAAUGGUAUGGAUACUUCGUUGCUUUUAGUUGCAACUGUAAAUAAGAAAGUAUUUGUUAUCGAUUUGAAUGGCGUCGUUGAAAAUUUGGAUCAAAGUGACCAAGAUUUCACGGAAGCUUUAAGUAGAUACCGCACGAAACCUCGUCUUCUUUCCAAUAUGAUUAAUAUUAUAUCUCCCUUUUCACACGACGUUGAAGCAGUUACGUUUUCUGUCGAUGCUUCAACACUUUUUGUCAGUGCAGACCUUGGGAAUAUCUUCGCUUUCAAUCUCUUCGAUAAAAAUCGGCCUUGCUUUAUAGCUUUUCAAAGUUGGCCUACGGAUACCUAUUCUCCCCUAUUUGUGCUCAAUUAUGUGAAUUAUAAGGGUAUUGACUAUUUAAUUGGAGGGACCAACUCUUGUCGGGAAUUUCGACUCUGGCGAUUGCCAAAUUUCAAGCUUCUCCAAACCAUUCGUUUCUGUUCAAAUGAAGAGGAAGAAAGUGUAGAAGAAAAUAAAAAACGUUCACCUCCUCCAGUGCUCAUUUCUCAAUUUGAUCAAGAGUCGGGGGUGAUGUUUAUCAGCGAUAUUAAGCGUACGGUGCUGUAUACACUUCUGCUAGCAAGUAAUCCUAAUAACCCGGAAGAGCUCCGAUUUCAGUGUCUUUGCGAGUUUCCUCUUGUGGCUCCUUGUAUCGCCUUUAAUCUGAACCAUGCAACUCGUUCGCACUCCUUCGAUAAGCUCUCUUUUUGUGUUGCUACAGCUCUCGUCGAUUCAGCCUUAGCUGAUUCUGACAAUAUCGCAGCCAAUCUCCUACUAAUCCAUCCAAAGGCAUUGGCAGUUGGAAGACUCUCUUUCUUUGUUCCUCUGCAAACGUACAUACAAAAGGAUUUAAAUAGCUCCCUAGAAUUUCCCAAUUCAGAAGAAUCGGAGCCUAAUUCAUCCAGCUCAGUCGUUUCGUCGAAUCCUCCUGAAGAAAUGGAUGUUUUUUCUCGCCUGCUGAAUAUACGUCCAAAAUCAGAAGCUUCCAAUCCAAUUCAUUAUAAUUCACAAGGGAAUGUGGGAAAUGCCGCAUCUCCUUCGGAAAAUCCACCCUCUCUUGAAUCGAGCACUCCAAAGAUUUCUCUAGAGGGUGAAGUUACUCAAAACUCAACAAUUGGUAUAAGAUCAAGUCCAAGUAGUCAACAAGAAAGCGUUGGAGGAAGCGCUGUGUUUGGUGGUAGUGGUCUAAGUAAGAUCUUUGACUCCUCUCCUAGCAACAUAGAUCCCCCUUCGUUGAUCUCAGUUUAUCCCCACGCAACUUCACCAAAUCUGCAGGAGAAUCUUCAGCAUGGACCUUCUACUUCCUCAGCACUUACUGCCGAUGCGAGUCGAACUCCAUUCGCGGGUUUUGGAAGAGGAUACAAAACACCAGUGCUUUCAGAUUCUGUGUGUAGUUUGGCAGGUAGUAGUAGUGUUGCCAGCCUAUCAAGCUCCCUUCGUCAUAAUUCUUCAACAAACAAUUUUGUGGGCCCUCCGAAUGAUAAUCAGAAUAGGGCCAUUGGCUUGAGUAUGAAGAAUGUUCUCUCCGAUUCUACUCGAAGUUUGGAUGGCUAUUCAGUCGGCACAAAUAUACCGCAGAGUCAAGGUGAUUCUCAGUUCCAUAAAGUUCAAAACCAAAACCAAAGGGGCUCUACUUCCGCAUUUUCCCUAGACGAGAGUCUUUUAGGAGGCAGUGGCGAUAACAACGGUGACAUUGUCCCAUUGCUAAAAGCUAUUUUUCGACAGAAUAAGGAAAUCCUAGGCUCGGUAAAAACUCUUACAAACAAGGUGCUUGAGAAUAAGAAUAAUUUGGCAAAACUCUCGAACGAACAGAAACUCAUCAUGAAGCAAGUGAAUUCACUCACUUCAGCCGCACCUGGAACUCCAGUGUAUCCUGUUGCAAGUUCCACAACUUCUCCUCCUCCUUGGGCUAAUCAAAUAUUGGAUCAUGUUCGCAAACAGAAGACAGAAUCUGCCAAACAGUUGUCUCAACUUGAGAUAGCUGUCAAAAAUCUUCAACUCACUGCCGCCAACUUGCCGCCGGAUACUGUCAUGGGACCGCGUUCUCUUGUCUCUCCUACACCGAGCUUGGAUAACAAACAAAUAGUGGAACAGGUCCGUGGUGUUGUCCGAAAUGAAUUGCACAACCUCUUCCAAGCCAAUUCCCCAAAGAUUGUGGAUCCUUUGAUUCAGAAUUUACGAGGAAAUUUGGAACGAAUACUCAGCCCCCUUCCACAAAUAGUUGCCGAUCGAAUGCUAACCGUUAUCAAAGAACCGAAAUUUGUCCAAUAUAUCGCAGAUCAAAUGAGUGGAUCCCUGUCUCCAGUAGUGGCUGAGGGUUAUCGCAAUGAGUUGCGUCAAACCCUGGUGCCCGGUCUCAACAACGUUGUAGACAAACUGUGCAAAGAUUUGGACGACCUUGUUCAGGGCGCUAUGAACAGGCAUAUUCAGACGGUCACAAUGCGAAUUGAAUCAGGAGUGCAGAGCACCUGCAAUAAGAUGGAUUCCUCGACCAAGAAAUUUGAUGACCAGAUUAAAAGCCUGUCCAAGGAUAUAUCUGGUAAAGUUGCAGGGAGGGUUAACGACGUCUUAAACAAGGCUCUGCAACAACAGCAAACUAAGGCACAGCAGGUCCAACCGGUCUCUCCGGUAAAUUCUCUACCCAAUGCUGGUUUUGGACGUACUUCAACAACACCAAUCCUUAUUCCACCUCAAAAUCCACAACCACAGCAGCAACAGCAGCAGCAGUUGAAGAAUCCUAAUCUUGGAUCUAAUGAUGCCAUCACGAACGCUCUAAACCUCAUUCAAGCUGGUCAAUAUCCCCAGGCUCUUGAAGUGGCCCUCACUUCACCAAAUCAGGCGGUGCUACUCCAAGUUUUGCCGAAGAUUCCAGUUGUUUCUCUCUUUGACCAAAAUAUUCGGCAAGAAAUCCUCCUCUCUCUUAUCCAUCAACUCAGUUGUGGAAAUCUUCAGGACCAAUUAGAGAUGAAGUUAUCAUUCCUACAGGAAGCAGUAACUCACCUGCGAGUGAACGAUUCCACGGUUCGUGAGAUGGGUUGGGGAAUUUUGAAUGGCCUUAGCAGUAAACUCACCAUAGUGCGUAUGUCGAUUAAAUUGAAUACUGCACAGGAGAAUCGUUUUGUGAUCCUGCAACGCUCUCUGUCAGAAAAGCAAGCGGCUCUUAUGCAUUAG